AUGCCUCUCUGGGGGUGCGCCCUCUCCACCGCCCACCCCAAGCCUCCCCUUCCCCCCUGCACCGUGGGGAGCGGGAGCAACAGUGAAGUGACCCCCGCCGGCCACCGCAGGGUACAGCUGGCCUUGGUUGCGGGGUCCCGGGCCCGCGAGGCUCUGGGCCAAGCCCUGGGGGAGCCGCAGGGUCCGGAUAGGGGGAUAAGGGGCCGCGGCGUCCCCCACCCCGCCCAGGGAACCCCCCCACGCCGUGGCCGGGCCCGGGUCACCCGUCACCAGCAGGGGGCGCCCUUUGCCAAGGCCGCUGGGCCCAUUCUCCAGACCCGGGGGCCGGGCUGGGGGUCGGUUGGGAAACUGAGGCUCCGCGGCAAACGGCGCCCCCGGGGCCGGGCAGUGAGUCAGCUAGAACCGGGGCUCCUGACGCACAGCCCGCCCCCAUCGCUGCCGCCCCUCCCAGCCGGCUCCACGGGACGCAGGGCUGAGGCUGCGGCCAGGUGCCCUGAGGCAAGAGCCCACGCGGGCCGCGGGUAG